AGAAGGGGAGGAGGAGGAGGAGGGCGAGUGGUGGGAGGGUCUCCAUUGAAAUAAACAAGCAGGCAGUUAUUAAAACGGGAACAUGGCGGCCGCAGCCCCAGCUUCAGCUUCAUCCUACAAAGCGAAGGUCAGCGCUGGCGGCAGCCGCAGCGAGAGACGGCACUGACCCCGCAGGCUUGAGAUGUAUCUGAGUAGUGAGGACCCCUGCUCACACAGACCCUAGAAAUCAUUGCCCCCCUCGCUGUGUCCUUGAACCCCUGCUCUGUUCCCUGCACAGGAUGGACUUGCUUUGGGAAUGAAUCUGGUUGAUGCAGUGGAGAAGGCUCUUCUCUGUAGUACCCCUGCCUCACUUCCAGCAGAAAUCCGGACGCGUGUGGUGGGCGAGGCAGGGGAUCGCGGGAGACAGGAGCUGUUGUGGUGCAGCUGCAUGCUGCCUUGGCAAACAGGACUCUCUCCCUGGCUGUGCUGCAGACUUCCUGGGUGAUGCUUGUUGCUGAUAUGUGUUCAAGAUGAGUGGGAUGGGAGAAAACACCUCUGACCCAUCCAGGGCAGAGUCAAGAAAGCGCAAGGAUCCCGAUCAGCUUGGACCCAGCCCUAAAAGAAGCACUGAGAAACGCAAUCGUGAGCAAGAGAAUAAAUACAUAGAAGAACUUGCAGAGCUGAUUUUUGCAAAUUUCAAUGAUAUUGACAACUUUAACUUUAAACCUGACAAAUGUGCAAUCUUGAAAGAAACUGUGAAGCAAAUUCGUCAGAUAAAAGAACAAGAAAAAGCAGCAGCAGCUAACGAAGAUGAAGUGCAAAAAGCAGAUGUAUCAUCUACUGGCCAGAGCGUCAUUGACAAGGAUGCACUUGGACCAAUGAUGCUUGAGGCCCUAGAUGGCUUCUUCUUUGUAGUGAACCCAGAAGGCAAUGUUGUGUUUGUUUCUGAGAAUGUGACACAGUACCUGAGGUACAACCAAGAAGAGCUGAUGAACACAAGCAUAUACAGCAUCCUGCAUGUAGGGGACCACAAUGAAUUUGUCAAAAUCCUGCUGCCAAAAUCUUUAGUGAAUGGGGGAUCUUGGUCUGGUGACACUCCUAGGCGUAAUAGCCAUACCUUUAAUUGUCGGAUGCUGGUAAAACCUGUUGCUGAUUCUGAAGAAGGCCAUGAUAACCAGGAAGCACAUCAGAAAUAUGAAACUAUGCAGUGCUUUGCUGUUUCUCAACCAAAUUCCUUCAAGGAGGACGGUGAAGAUUUGCAGUCUUGCUUGAUUUGUGUUGCAAGAAGAGCUCCAAUGAAGGAAAGGCCACUUCUUCCUUCAUCUGAGAGCUUUACUACUCGCCAGGAUCUACAAGGCAAAAUAACUUCACUGGACACAAGUACCAUGAGAGCAGCUAUGAAACCUGGCUGGGAGGAUUUGGUGAGAAGAUGCAUUCAGAGGUUCCAUUCACAACAUGAGGGAGAAAUAUCAUUUGCCAAGAGGCAUCACCAGGAAGUGCUGAGGCAGGGACUGGCAUUUAGUCCUGUCUAUAGGUUUUCCUUGUCUGAUGGCACAAUCGUUUCUGCCCAAACGAAGAGCAAGCUCAUCCGUUCUCAGACAACGAGUGAACCUCAGCUUGUAAUCUCCCUGCAUAUGCUUCACAGAGAGCAGAAUGUCUGUGGAAUGAAUCAGGAUUUGACUGGACAAGGAAUGGGGAAGAUACUGAACCCAAUUAGCUCCAGCAGCCCUGCCCAUCAGGCCAUGUGCAGUGGGAACCCAGGUCAGGAUAUGACCAUCAGUAGCAAUAUAAAUUUUGCCAUAAAUGGCCCAAAGGAACAAAUGGGCAUGCCAGCAGGCAGGUUUGGUGGUUCAGGGGGAAUGAACCAUGUGUCAAGCAUACAAGCAUCCACUCCUCAGGGUAGCAACUAUGCACUAAAAAUGAAUAGCCCCUCACAAAGCAGCCCCGGCAUGAACGCAGGGCAGCCAAACUCUAUGCUUUCCCCAAGGCAUCGUGUGAGCCCUGGAGUGGCAGGAAGCCCACGCAUCCCACCCAGUCAGUUCUCCCCUGCAGGAAGCUUGCAUUCGCCCGUGGGAGUCUGCAGCAGCACAGGAAAUAGCCAUAACUACACCAACAGUUCCCUGAACGCACUUCAGGCCCUCAGCGAGGGCCACGGCGUUUCUCUAGGAUCGUCGUUGGCUUCACCUGACCUAAAAAUGGGAAAUUUACAAAAUUCCCCUGUGAGUAUGAAUCCUCCCCAGCUAAGCAAGAUGGGAAGCCUGGACUCUAAAGACUGCUUUGGACUCUACGGGGAGCAAUCAGAAGGUACAACUGGACAAGCAGAGAGUGGCUGCCACUCAGGAGAACAGAAAGACAGUAGCGAGAGCAACAUGCCCCCAGCUGUCAGUGGCGAGAGACCUGAUGGACAGAAUAAACUGCAUGAUGGAAAAAGCCAGACAAAGCUCUUGCAAUUGCUCACCACCAAAUCGGAUCAGAUGGAGCCUUCACCUUUGUCCAGUACCAUGGGAGAUGUUAGCAAGGACUCCACGGGAGGAUUGCCUGGGUCUGGUUCGGCACACGGAACCUCGCUCAAGGAGAAGCAUAAAAUUUUGCACAGACUCUUGCAGGACAGUAGUUCUCCUGUAGAUUUGGCCAAGCUCACAGCAGAGGCCACAGGCAAAGAACUGAACCAGGAGUCCAGUAGCACAGCUCCUGGUUCAGAGGUGACUGUUAAACAGGAGCCAGCGAGUCCUAAGAAGAAUAAUAAUAAUGCACUACUUCGCUACUUGCUAGAUAAAGAUGAUACUAAAGAUAUUGGUUUACCAGACAUACCCCCAAAACUGGAGCGGUUGGACAGUAAGACAGACCCUUCUGGUAGCACAAAGUUAAUAGCUAUGAGGACGGAAAAAGAAGAGAUAAGCUUUGAGCCUAACGAACAGCCAGGCAGUGAAUUGGAUAACUUGGAGGAGAUUCUGGAUGACCUGCAGAACAGCCAGUUACCACAGCUUUUCCCAGAUAGCCGCCCAGGCGCUCCAGCAGGCUCAGUCGACAAGCAAGCCAUCAUCAAUGACCUCAUGCAGCUCACCAGUGACAGCAGCCCCGGCACGGCUGUGGCCACCCAGAAACCAGCAAUGAGGAUUUCACAGAGCACUUUUAAUAACCCACGAGCAGGGCAACUGGGCAGGUUAUUACCAAACCAGAAUUUACCACUUGACAUCACCCUGCAGAACCCAACAGGUGCAGGAACUUUCCCACCCAUAAGAACGAAUAGCCCCUAUUCAGUGAUACCUCAGCCAGGACUGAUGGGGAGGAAUGAAGGGAUGAUAGGAAGUCAAGGAACUUUAGGCAACAGUAGCACAGGAAUGAUUGGUGGCAAUGCCCCUCGGCCUACCAUGACAUCUGGAGACUGGGGAAGCCAGACUCCUGCUGUGAGGGUGACCUGUGCACCCACAGCGAGUGCCAUGAACAGACCAGUGCAAGCAGGCAUGAUCCGCAACCCCACGGCCAGCAUCCCCUUGAGACCCAGCAACCAGCCUGGCCCGAGGCAGAUGCUUCCAUCUCAGGUCAUGAAUAUGGGGCCAUCGGAAUUAGAGAUGAAUAUAGGAGGACCUCAAUAUAGCCAACAGCAGGCACCUCCCAAUCAGACUGCACCAUGGCCAGAAAGCAUCUUGCCUAUUGAUCAGGCAACUUUUGGGAGUCAGAACAGGCAACCGUUUGGCAGCUCACCAGAUGAUCUCUUGUGUAAUCAUCCUUCAUCAGAGUCACCAAGUGAUGAGGGUGCUCUCCUGGAUCAGCUUUACAUGGCAUUAAGGAACUUUGAUGGUUUAGAAGAAAUCGACAGGGCUCUAGGAAUACCAGAACUAGUUAGCCAGAGCCAAACCGUCGACCCAGAGGCCUUCCCCAGCCAGGAUUCCAGCAUCCUGAUGGAGCAGAAGGCUCCGGUGUUCUCCCAGCAGUAUGCGGCGCAGGCUCAGAUGGCUCAGGGCAGCUACGCGCCCAUGCAGGACCCCAGCUUCCACCCCAUGGGGCAGCGCCCAGGCUACGCAGCCCUCCGCAUGCAGCCCCGGCCCGGCCUCCGGCCCACUGGACUCGUGCAGAACCAACCCAACCAGCUGCGGCUCCAGCUGCAGCACAGGCUCCAGGCACAGCAGAAUCGGCAGCCACUGAUAAAUCAGAUCAGCAGUGUCUCCAAUAUGAAUCUGUCAUUGAGACCUGGAGUGCCAACACAGGGCCCCAUCAACGCACAGAUGCUGGCACAGAGACAGCGGGAGAUCCUGAGCCAGCACCUGCGGCAGCGGCAGAUGCAGCAGCAGCAGCAGCAGCAGGUGCAGCAGCGGACGCUGAUGAUGCGAGGCCAGAGCUUGAGCAUGACCCCCAGCAUGGUGGCUGCCGGUGGCAUUCCUGCAACCAUGAGCAAUCCACGGAUCCCACAGGGAAAUGCACAGCAGUUUCCAUUUCCUCCAAACUACGGUAUUAGUCAGCAGCCUGAUCCAGGCUUCACAGGGGCCACCACUCCUCAGAGUCCACUGAUGUCCCCAAGACUGGCUCAUACACAAAGCCCUAUGAUUCAGCAGACUCAGGCUAAUCCUGCCUACCAGUCCUCUACAGAGAUGAAUGGGUGGGCACAAGGGAAUAUGGGUGGAAACAGCAUGUUUUCACAACAGUCCCCACCACAUUUUGGGCAGCAAGCAAGCACCAGCAUGUACAAUAAUAACAUGAACAUCAGUGUAUCCAUGGCAACCAACACAAGUGGUAUGAACAACAUGAACCAGAUGACAGGGCAGAUCAGCAUGACCUCAGCGACCUCUGUGCCUACAUCAGGGUUGUCCUCCAUGGGUCCUGAGCAGGUUAAUGAUCCUGCUAUGAGGGGAGGCAAUCUCUUUCCAAACCAGCUGCCUGGAAUGGAUAUGAUAAAGCAGGACGGAGAUGCAACACGGAAAUACUGCUGACCCUGAAGGUGGUUCGGUUGCUGCUUUCUUCAGACGAUUGGGCUCCGGGCCCCAAAUCCUUACCGGUUUGAAGAGCUGCGGCUGUUUGUCGUGACCCAGCUGAGCUGCCAGCGCCGGUGGCGGCUGCCGACGGGACUCAGCCCCGCCUCCCCGAGGGGAGCCGGGCGGUCGGGGCCCUCGGAAGAGCAUCCUCUUCUUCGACAGUCUGAAGCUACUCGCGUACAGACAGUUGCUCAGUCUGUUCACUGCAUUCACCUUAGUGCAACUUAGAUCUCUCCUGCAAAAGUAAAUGUUAACAGACGACUUUCAUAAACCGUGUCAGAUUGAAUGUAUUUAAAUGUUCGUAUUUAAGAAAAAAACAAACAAACAAGCAAGCAACCAUGCUCUCCUGUUUCUGUUUAGUUCUAGACCUCGGGGUUUGUUGGGUUUUUUUUGUUGUUGUUGUUUUUCGCUUUUGUUUUCCCUGGCUUACUCGGUCUGGUGCAAAGGAUUCAGUUCCGUCUGAAAACUGGUGUUUUAGACUAAGGCCUGCAUUUUGGGGCGGAGAGGAGGCGUGGAGGAGGGUGUAGAAGCAACGUCUGGUACAUUAAGAGACCUCCGAUGGGCACGUUCCGCUGACAAGGAGUCAGAGAAGACGAACCAAUGUAGAAAACUAUACAGACCAAUUUUGAAUGGGGUUUAAGUUGUAAAACAGAUGAAAAAUACCCUGUGAGAGGGAUGUUUGUAAGGGACGUUUCAGCUGGGCUUUGGGGUAAUGUUUAUAAUGCAAGUCAUGAAUCCAAAAAUACAAGUUGGUUACAUUCUUAUUUAAUUAAAUAUCUAACAAUCAGCAAAGCCUGAUUUUAAUUUUUUUUUUUUUUUUUUUUUUUUGUAACCUGGCUUUCCUGACCACUGUCAUCCUCUUCUUGUUACUAAUAGAAUAAAAGAACAGGUUACUCCUUUAUUUCCCUAGGUGUGUUUCUAGCAAUCUGGACAACCAGUUACUGGAUGCUGAACAACAAAGUUCGAUGGUAAUGCAUGUACUGAUUAUGAUAGUGGCAGAAUUGGUGCAUAAUAUCAAAGAGCUCAAGAUACCUGCUUCAAAGCAUGAUAAUUUCUGGUUCCCAUCCCCUUUAGCUGGGAAAAUAACCAUUCCCAUAAUACCUAUAGCAGAUAUCACUACAGACUUCACCGCUAUUGCGUGUUUCUCAUUAUUUUAAAGCAGUGUGGACUACGAGGACGUUUUGUAAGGUACAUAAAAUCCAGUUUAUAUGUAAACAAGCAAUAAUUUAAGUUGAAAACUUAAGUGUUUUACUUGUAUAAUUUUUGUGAGAUAUACAUGUUGUGAAGUUGAUUCCAAAUGAGGUACUUCAGUAUUAAAUUAGAUAUCUUCUUAGCCGUGUGUGUCUCCUGGAAAAGUGUUUUGUAAAGGAUCACAAUGCCUUGAUUAGACCUAAUUUGUAGGCUUGAGACUUCUCAUUUUCUAAACCUUGUGAUUCUGCUCAUAAUACCAUUUAACUAAUCUAUAUUAUAUGCAGCCACUGUAGGAACCAAUUCUUGAUUUUUGUACGUUUAUAUCCUUUCGUAACAAAUCUUAGACAAACUGUUACUAAGCAGUCCACUGUUAGAGGGUGGGGGUUUUCCUUGCCCACUGUGGUUGGAAUAAUCUUUUACUAAACUGAGAUCAGUUUCUGAGGACUUGAAAUAUUAAGAAAUUGAUGGGUUUGACCUCUGUUUUCUUUCAACUGACCCCCAAUCCACAAACUUUCUAACCUGAACGCAAAUUUUUUUGAUGUCCUGUAAAAUGCAAUCCAUUUUAUAAUAUCUCAUCAGCCAUGUCUUUUGGGAGUGAAAAGUUUAUUCUCUUGUCAUUUAGUUCGGUUUGGUUUUCAGGUAGGAGCUCAUAUGAAAUAUCAGCUAUUCUGUAUUAAAGUGGAAGAAAAUGUGAUAAAGAUGGUUUGAAACAGAUUUUUCCUGUAGAAGGCUUUUGGUGAAAGCCCAGGAAAUGUACAGUUGUGUUUGUCCUUAAGGAGGGCAGUGCCACCAUUCCGGAGAAACAUCCUUCAGCUCUCACUGUUCUGAUACCCAACUCAAACAGAACAUGUAGUCAGCUGAGCCAUCAUCUCACCUGCUGAUGGGAAAACAAAAUAACUCAGCCCUGAGCUCCACAGUCUCAUUGCUACAAUGACAGUUGUGUUAAACUUGUAUCAUAUAUCUGACCAAAAAAAAAAUUUAAGUAAGAAAUGUAUACAUCUGAAGAAAUUAACUUCAUGCACCACAGAGUGUAAAUGAGUUUUACAAUAAUUUUGCUUCUAUUCCAUUCUGGUUUGGUUUUUGACUGUAACCUCUGCAAAUAGAUUGUUCUUUUUCACAGUGGACAAAAUAAUUUAAAUUUGUCCCAUUUCAUGGCAGACCUGCAAACCCUUCUCAUCUGUAGUAAUUAUGAUACUUCAUCAUCCAUUGCCAUUUUGGAAGAAAGGAGAUUGUACCUACUGCUUUGGCUCAGUUUGGAUUCAUUGUGACUUUAGUCAUCUUCUAGCUAAUGAAAGAGAAAAGUGAGUGAAAGAAUCUUCUGAUCAUAUUGAUCACUAUAGAAACAAAAAAAGCCAAAUCAAUUCCCUUCAUUAUCAGUAUUUUUCAUCCUGUAUACAGUAAAUUUGUCAGCAACAGUACUUGGAUUUUGUUUAACAGAACAAUUAAUCAGUGUUCUACUUACAUUACUAAAUGUGAAAGGUGCAUAAUGUGAAAAAUAAGCAUAUAUACAUGGUCGUACGACCUGUUUAAGUGUUCAUGUAAUGUGGUAAGUUUAAAAAGUAAAGUGAGCUGUUUUGCUACAACAAAUUAAUUUGUACUCGAUCUUUAAAAUAUUGUCCCACACCGGUAUCCCUUUGGGCCUGGAUUAAUUAAAAGCAAUGUUUUUGCAGUUUAUACAAUACAUUUUUUAAUCUUUGUUUAAAAGCGUAAUUCAUAUGGGCUUAACAGAUGAAAUGGGUGGCACAGCUCCACUUGCAGAACCCAAAGAUACACAAUCAGUUUUGAAAUGCAACUUAAGCCAUUAAUUGUUGGUGUGAAUUUAAAAGUUUUCUAGUAUUUGUAUGGUAGUAUGCUGCCUAAGAGCAAAAGCAUUCUCUGCACAAAAGAAAAUUUACUGUAGUGGCUUUGAUUUUAAUUAGAAUUUUCUCCCUGGUGUUUCUUUGUAGACUAAAACAAAAUCUUUUAAGUUUCUUACUACAGGUAAAAGCUAUGUGCAAGAACCUCAAAAUGCUAAAAUCUAGCAUAAUGCCUUAGAUCUGUUUUUAAGUCUUGUAUAUUCCUACAUAGCUGUCUGAUGUAUUAUAUUUGUAUAGUGAAUUGUGUACAAUUUUGGAAUAAGUGCAUCAUCACUUAACCUUUAUGUUGUUGAAUAGAGAUGAUGGACACAUUUCUUCAAACAUUUACUGUCAUUUAAUUUUUUCCCUUUACGUCAUUUGUGGGUUUUAUUUGUACAGUUCAUCAUGAAGUUGCAUCUGAGAUGUGUGUAUAUGAAAAGAUUAUACAAGGGUAAAAUUAAGCAAUAUAUAAACUAUGGUUCUUCAGGAGAAAGCUUACAGUGUUUCAGGUUGUGAUUUAUUUUCAAAAUGGAGUUGACUCUGAACAUCACUUUGUUCACCUGCAUUGAUGUUUGUAUUUCUAGUGUGAGCAGUUUAUGCAAAGGUAGAUAUAUUCAGAGAAAUUUUAAAUACAUUUAUGCAAGUUAAUAUUGCUUUGCUGAUGCUGUUUGCUUAUUUGAUGUUAAAUAAUGCUAUUGUAAAUAAAGAAUUCUGUUGUUAUUGCAUCAUUUAAUAAAUUUUAAUGCCUUCGGGUUUUACAUGGCUUUAGAGAUUU